AUGCCGGUUGAUUUAGAUAAUUCCUCUACGGUUUCCGGCGAUGCAAGCGUCUCGUCGACCGGAAACCAAAACCCACCUCCGAAAUCCGCCGGGAAGAAGAAACGGAACCUCCCCGGAAUGCCUGAUCCAGACGCGGAAGUGAUAGCUUUGUCACCUAAAACUCUUAUGGCAACAAACCGAUUCGUCUGCGAAAUCUGCAACAAAGGGUUUCAACGCGACCAGAAUCUUCAGCUUCAUCGUCGUGGUCACAAUCUACCAUGGAAACUUCGACAGAGGUCGAGUAAAGAAGUGAGGAAGAAAGUCUACGUUUGUCCAGUGGCAGGCUGUGUUCAUCACGAGCCGUCACGUGCUCUUGGAGAUCUCACUGGAAUCAAGAAACACUUUUGUCGGAAACACGGCGAGAAGAAAUGGAAGUGCGAGAAAUGCUCGAAGAAGUAUGCCGUCCAAUCAGAUUGGAAAGCUCACUCAAAGAUUUGCGGCACCAAGGAGUAUAGAUGCGAUUGUGGAACUCUGUUUUCUAGGAGAGAUAGCUUCAUAACGCACAGAGCUUUCUGCGAUGCGUUGGCUGAAGAGAGUGCGAAGAAUCAUACUCAAAGCAAGAAACUUUAUCCAGAAACAGUCACUAGGAAGAAUCCAGAACCUGAUCAGAAGUCUCCUACCGUCGUUGAUUCUCAUCCGCCCCCUCCUUCUCCGCCGUCGGUUGCUCUAGCUCCGACACCUGCUAUUUCGGCUGAGACCGAGCCUACUAAAAUCGUAACCUCCUCGGUUUUGCCGAUUCGAAGUUCUUCAGAAUCUCCAGAAAACAACGCUCCUGAAGUCAUCAUCGAGGAAGCUCCAAGAACGAUCGGUUUCCAUGUGAGCUUAUCGGGUCUAAGCAAUGAUCAUAGUAACAACAACGGUGCAUACGCAGGCUUGUUUGCAACAUCCACAGCUUCGCCUAGUUUAUAUGCUUCCUCAACUCCUUCCCCAAGCCUAUUCGCACCAUCUUCCUCCAUAGAACCCAUCUCUCUGUGUCUCUCGACGAGUCCUUCUUUGUUCGGACCAACAAUACAAGACCCACCACAUUUCCUAACACCUCUUGCUCCUCAACCCGCAAUGUCAGCAACCGCAUUGCUUCAAAAAGCAGCCCAAAUGGGUUCCACGGGUUCAGGAGGUUCGUUGCUUCGAGGGUUAGGCAUAGUUUCAACCACUUCGUCAUCUAUGGAACUUAGCAAUCACGAUGGAGCUUCCUUAGCUCCUGGUCUUGGACUGGGACUACCUUGUAGCAGUGGUGGUAGCGGCUCGGGUCUGAAAGAGCUCAUGAUGGGUAAUUCUUCAGUGUUUGGUCCGAAACAGACAACACUCGACUUUCUCGGGUUGGGAAGAGCUGUGGGUAAUGGCGGCAAUCCCGGAGGGGGAUUGUCUGCUCUGUUAACUUCGAUCGGAAAUGGCGGUGGGAUCGAUUUGUUUGGGAAUGCGGAGUUUUCAGGCAAAGACAUUAGUAGGAGUUCGUAA